AUGGACGCUAACGAUCUAAAAUUAGAAUCCUUUAAAGACGCUCCAGGCUAAAACAGAUUUAGGCAGGAGACUGUCAAGAAAGUGCCCUAGUCUCGGAACGACAUAUACGGAGUCUCUGGAGAUCAUGAUCAUGACAAUGAAUUAGACUUCGAAAGAGAUCACAAUGGGCAUGAUUAGACUCUAAAUCAUGAUGAUGAAGAGUUCCAGCACGAAGAUGAUGACGACUUGCCCGCUGGUGGCCUUCUUAGGAAAGGUACGACCUAGAUAUUUGAUGUAGAUGCUCAGAAUGACCUAAGCUAUUCCAAAAUGAUGAUGGUAGUUGAUUAGAAUCAUCCAAGACUCGAGAUUGAGGGAAGAGGCGGCAAAAAAGAGUAUCAGCAAAGACCAUUCUGCAAAACUAAAACUGGUUGGCACUGCUGUUGCAGACCUUGCAGGCAAAGUGAUAUCCAUCAGUAUGGUAUAGGUAUUACUCUCUACUUUAAAAUGCUGAAAUUCUUGGUAAUCUUAUUUACGAUGGCAAGCAUCAUAAACAUCCCCAUGUUUGUUUUGUAUUCUGCUGGUGGUGGCACUAAUGAUCAAACAGCAUAUAUGGGUGAAAACUCAAUGGCUUGCAAUUUUGAUCAAGUAGUCAAGGCAAAUGAUAUGGCUGUAGAUUUUUAUUUGUCUUGUGAGCAAGGUGUCUUAUGUGAUCUGAAGGGAUUUGGAUAAGAUUACGCCAGAGACAAUGAGACUUCGAUUUCAUCCUGCAAUAAAGACAAAAAUAUUUACUAUGACAAUGCCUGCAAUAUGAGUGAAUUCGACAAAUCCUAUUUUGACUAUACGAUUCAAACUUAUAAAAACUCUUGCCAAGACAAGUAAACUUUUGAUUCAGGGAUUCUCACCAAGGACAAAGUAGCUAUUAUCAUUGCAAUAUUUGAUGUCAUCUUUGCAGUGCUGCUUGGUGUAUCAUUGAUAAUUUACAAAUGUCUUAUGAAGAUUGAGAACAUAGAGAUAAAAGGAGUUACGAUUAAUGCAGCCAAUUUCACUGUUUAGUUAUCAGGAAUACCUGAGCAUUAGAAUGUACAUCACAUGAAAGGGGAGAUUUGGGAAUGGACUGAAAACUAACUUAAAAGACUUGAUGAUGAAAACGAUGACGAUCCGAAUGACAAGACUUCCCCUGUAAAUAACCCCAAAGUUGAUUAAGAGGACAAAAGAUUGCAAAGCUUUGAAGCAGAUGGUGUCGAUGAGAAUAGUAAGGUAAUACCAAGAGUAAUCAGGGAUGUAGCUUUGAAUAAUUAAAGUGAAAACGAUCCUAGAGCAGAGAAAGCAAAGAAAAACAGAAUAGUAGAUAUAACGAUGGGAUUGAAUGACUACGACUAUAUUAUCCACCUCUGCUAUCUUAAUCUUUUCUACAAACAAAUUAAGCUCAAUAUGUUAAGAUUACCAAAAAUCUAAAGCCCACAAAUCAAAGCAAACAUUGAAAAGUAAAUUGAAGGUUUAAAAUUGAAAAUAAAAGCAAGAUUAGAGACUUAUGACUUGUGGAUGAAGAAUAAUAUGCAGCUGGGACUUUGUGCCUUCAUUUAAUUCAGAAGUAUGAUUGAUAUGAUAAGGUUCUUAUCUGGUUUCGGUCUCAGUGUUCCUGAUAAGCUUUGCUUUAAAUGUAGGAAAAAUAGGCCAUCAGUUAAAGCUAAACUAUUUUUUGGGAAACUACCUGUUAUGCUAACUGCUCCUGAUCCAGCUAAUCUCCUUUGGGUUAACUUAAGAUACUCAAAAUGUAAUACCUUCUGGAGGAGGUUCUUAAUAGCUAUUGUUAGCAUUAUAUUGAUGGCAGGAUCAUUCAUCGCCAUUAUUUAUGCUAAAGAUUUUGAAAAGUAGGUGUAGCUGAGAUACAAUAUGAAUAUGGACUGUGGUACCCUGACUUAUACUUAAGCCCAGGUCAUUUAUCAAGAACAGCAAGCUUUGAUUUAAACUUCAACUUCGUUUAAUUAUCUCCACUGCUAUUGCCUUCAAUAAUUCAAAAGCGUGGGUAACAUGUUUGUUUAUGUGAUUGCUUUCAUCAUAGUAGCAUGCAAUAUUUUAGUAAAGGGGAUACUGAGAUAUAUCACCUAUUUUGAAAAACCAAAGACUGUAGGAAUUAGAUCUUUCUCAGUUAUGAUAAAAAUAUUCUUGAUUUAGUUUGUAAAUACUGUGAUGAUAUUGAUUCUUGUCAAUUGGAGGAUAGAUAGGACAUAUGAUUUUGAGUUGAAUGGAAAGUUAUACAAGAUACCUAAACCUAUUUUUGGGGAUAACUUUGUAAUCUUUUCUGGAAGAUAUACUGAUUUCACUCCAGAAUUCUAUAGAACAGUUGGAACUACCUUGUUACUGACAAUGAUUAUCAAUAUCGUCUCACCUAAUUUUAUCAAUUUCGGGUUUUACCUUGUCAAAAAGAUCUCUUAAUGCUGCGAUAGAAGAUGCACUACUGACCUUAGAAAAACUAAAAUGAUCAUAUAAGAAGACUAUGAGGCUCUCUACAUGGGUCCUGAGUUGUAAUUUGAAGGAAGAUAUGCUACUUUACUGACAACAUUCUACGCAUGUCUCUUUCUUUCAUUCGGAAUGCCAUUAUUCUAUGUAGUUGGAUUUCUUUCUUUCCUCUUUACUUACUGGAUUGAUAAAUAUCUUUUUGGAGUAUUUUUCCAUUUGGUCAUAGCAUUUAUGAUGAUUAGUAAUAAUCUGCUUUUUGGAAAGGUUUGUGGACUACCUGAUUUUGAUGGUUUCAAGGCUUCAGUUACAGCAACUGUUUUAUAGAUACCAUUCAUUGAUAUUAUCUUUGAUUCAAAAAGAUUUGAAGCUACUCAUUCUAUUCUACUAUUUGUUGUUAUGUUUGUUGCUGUGACUUUGAUUUUGCUUCUAGUUGUGCUAGGUACUUUCUUGUACAGUUGCUAUUAGUCAUGCAAAAAAACUUGUAAUUGUAACUGCUUUAAAAAGCUGGCCACAUCAUGCACUGCUUGCCUUUCAAAGUGUUGCAAUAUCACUGCAUGCUUUAAGAAAUGCAUCUCAAGCUGCACAGCAUUUUGCAAGGGCAAAUGUGCUCAGACUAGUUGUUGCAGUAAAAUUUGCUGCUGCUGUUCAGGGAAUCUUGAUAUAAUGGAAGGUAUACGUCCACUACUUGAUCUCAAAAAUAUUGUCAGCUUAGAUUUUUACAAAGAAAUCUCUAUUUUUGAAUUAAGAUUGCUCUAUAUAAGAACAAACUAUGAAUUAGAGAUGCUUGAAGCUAGUUUAAAUGGAAAGCUUAAACUAGGAGUUAAUGAUAAUUUUGAUGCUAAGCUUAAUAUUAAAUUUGAUGCUAGCAUAGGAAUGAAUGCAGAUGGGUCACUGCCUUAAGGAUUUGUAAGGAUGAGAGAAUACAUGAAAUUUAGACAAGCUGCUAUUGAACUUGAAAUUAAAAACAGACUCUUAGAUCUUUAAAUAAAAGCUAAAAUUCCAGGAGAAAUUGAUUUGAAUACAUAAAUAGGAAUUAUUAAAGGAUUAGAAGCCGCUUUAAAAAUAAAAGGGGGACUCAUUCAUUUAAAAAGACUUAGUGGUUUAUUCAGUUAUGAUAUCAAGUUUAGUCCUGAGUAUACACACUGCCUAAAAAUGAAGGAAAAGCUGCCUGAACUUAGAAAACUUAUUGGUCAGUAGUGA